GCCCAUUACUGGAAAUCGGAAACUAAAGAUUUAAGAAUUUUAACUUUUUGAAGUGAUCUCGUCGAGUUCUGGUAGAAGUUUAGAGAGUUGAGUUUGCCGAAUCCGAAACCUUCCGAGAUAAACAAUGGCGGAAGAUUUGGUGCUAGAUACGGCGAUCAGAGACUGGGUGUUGAUACCAUUAUCGGUGGUGAUGGUGCUCAUCGGCGUCCUCCGUUACUUCGUAUCUAAGCUCAUGCGUUCCGAUCAAGUUCCCGAUCUCAAAAUCGUCAAAGAAGGGCAACUGAUAACUAGGGCGAGGAAUCUUAGGGCUGCUGCUAAUUUCAUCCCUGCCAAGUCGUUCCGUGCUCGUAAGCACUACUACAGCAAUGAGGAGAAUGGAUUAUUACAUGUACCCAAGGGUCAAGCUCAGAACCCACAGGCACAGAUGUUUUCAGACCCAAACAUGGCUAUGGAUAUGAUGAAAAAAAAUCUCUCGAUGAUUAUUCCACAGACGCUUACGUUUGCAUGGGUCAACUUUUUCUUCUCUGGAUUUGUAGCAGCAAAGAUCCCAUUUCCUCUUACUCAGAGAUUCAGGGCAAUGCUGCAAAAUGGCAUAGACUUGAGCACUGUCGAUGUUAGUUACGUCAGCAGUCGUUCCUGGUAUUUUCUAAAUCUUUUUGGGCUAAGGGGUCUCUUUAGUCUUAUUCUUGGAGAAGACAAUGCAACUGAUGAUACACAGCGCAUGAUGCAAAUGGGUGGAUUUGGAUUUGACCCAACCAGGAGUUUGGGUGCAGAGAAAGAUAAUCUGGACAUUGUCCAACAUGACUGGGCGUUGCCAAAAUUUGAGCAGCGAGCAGAAUCAGUUUUGAAGAAACUUGUCCAGAAAUAACCGAGUACAUACGUUAGUGCUAUUCUGCUGCUAUCCACCAUGCUCUUCUUGGUGUCUAUGCGCCGUGAUCCAAGUACUUCAGAAUGAAAGGGUGUCUAUUGUCGUGGAUGAAAUCAGCCAAAACCGCAUGCCUUACAUUGUUUGCCCCCCUUUUUAGUUAAAGAAACUAUCUUUGAUAUUGGUUAAUGGUAAUACUGUGCCUAGCUGCUGACAUCUUAUGCCACGGAAUUAGAGUAUUGUUAAUCUUAAGGAAUUUCCCAAUCGUACUACUGUAAAAGUGUAUUUUUCUUUUCGUUUAAAAACAUGUCUCCCUCCAUUUCAUAGUA